UCUUGUCAGCCUCUGCAGGCCAUCUCCCUAAGACCCAGCACCAUGCCUUCAAUUAAGUUGCAGAUUUCUGAUGGAGAGAUAUUUGAAGUUGAUGUGGAGAUUGCCAAACAAUCUGUGACUAUCAUGAUCAUGUUGGAAGAUUUAGGAAUGGAUGAUGAAGGAGACGAUGACCCAGUUCCUCUUCCAAAUGUCAGUGCAGCGAUUUUAAAAAAGGUUGCUGAGUGGUACACUCACCACAAAGAUGACCCUCCUCCUCCUGAGGAUGAUGAGAGCAAAGAAAAGCAAACAGAUGAUAUCCCUGUUUGGGACCAAGAAUUCCUGAAAGUUGAUCAAGGAACACCUUUUGAACUUAUUCUGGCUGCAAACUACUUAGACAUCAAAGAUUUGCUUAAUGUUACAUGCAAGACUGUUGUCAAUAUGAUCAAGGGAAAGACUCCUGAGGAAAUUCACAAGACUUUUAAUAUCAAAAUCAACUUUACUGAAUAA